AUGUCCGCGGAGCCAUUAUCUGGACGGGAGGAGGGUUUAUUUUCGGGCAGUCCCUUUCACACUGUCAGGCUUCAUGAGGCGGCCCGGCUGAUGAAUGGGACUCCAUUAGGGCCACAACAGCAGCCCGUCCUGGCAGAGUGGCCUCGGGACCUUUCCAGAACCACACAGGCUCCAUCCACAGCCAAAAGUCUGGGAAUCGGCUGCUUUAAACGGGGCGUGACUGCAACCCUGGAGCUGAAAAAUGGACCUGAACGCAGAAUCUGUGGGUCUGAUGUGUUAAACUGCUGCUCCCCCGAGCUUCUGAAAUCUGGGAAAAUCCCUCUGAGAAGCAGAAAAAGACCCAAAGGGACCCCAAAGAGCCACCAAGAGACCCCAAAGAACCAAAGGGACCCCAAAGAGCCACCAAGAGACCCCAAAGAGGCACAGAGGGCGCAGCGACACGUGGCCGACCUGUACGAGGACCUCAGAGAUGGCCACAGCCUCAUCUCCCUGCUGGAGGUUCUCUCCGGGGAGACGCUGCCGCGGGAAAAAGGCAGGAUGCGCUUCCACAAGCUGCAGAACGUUCAGAUCGCUCUGGACUUCCUCAAACACCGACAGGUGAAACUGGUCAACAUCAGGAAUGAUGACAUCGCGGAUGGAAACCCCAAACUCACCCUGGGCCUCAUCUGGACCAUCAUCCUCCACUUCCAGAGCGGGCAGAAAGGCGGGGGGGCGUUGGCCUUUCAGUCCCAGUUUCUGUCUGUUUUCACAUCUCGGGCUGGAAAACGAUCUGUGAACAACCGAGGCCGAGAGUGUUCCUCCAAAGAAGCACCUGAACACACGGCAGCCGGAAAUCCAAGAAACAAACCAACUUUCCCAGACCGGGCCGGGCAGACCCCCCCCCGCCCCCCCACAGACACAAACAAUGGGCGCUUCCUUGCGGCCCCCCCGGCGGCUGUGGAGCUGGAAACUGGCACAGAGCUGCUGGGCCGGGAAAGUGUAACUGCAGAGCUUUCUGUGGCCCAUGUGCUGAAAUCUGCCCUCAUUGUUCAGUUUCCUCAUUAA